AUGCCACGAUCCCCCACAAACACCCUCAUCAUAACCAACUUGAAUGACGACCUUCUACAAGACCCUCGCGAGUUGAUUGAUUUCAUCUCAAGUACUCAUGAUCUAGUUCAACUCAUUGUGCUACCCAGGUUCAACCGCUUUAUACUCAUUUGUGGAUCUAGUCGGGUGGCUCAGUCGAUGAAAAAUUUACUAGCAAACGAUCCCAAUUGGAAAUCGCUUCGCGUAUCAUAUAGCAUAAAAGAUAACAGAUUUGAACUCAACAAGCAGGAUUUGCUUGAUGCUGCCAUAGGAGAGGAAUAUUCUCAAGUGGGUUAUUUGGAACUCCCGCAUGACCUCAACCUGAAGCGAUUUUUGAUUAGUCCCCCAAUGAGUCCUCACGACUGGGAUCAUUGGGAUAAAGUUGAAGAGGGACCAAAUGAGAAGGCAAUAUAUUCGCCGGAGGAUCUAUCAAGCUUGUUGUGGGAACGAUUAGGCGACAAUAUGGUGAGGAAAUAUCAAGACGAUUCAAAGCAAGUAAGAGAGGAGGUACUUUAUGAUGAAGAUGGUGUGCCUGCUAUCAUAUUGGACAAGUCGGAGAACGAAGUACAAGAGGAAAAACUUCCCAAGACCAGCAUGCCAUUCAACGAAUAG